UCGCUUUACGGCACUCCGCUUCCGCCGUACAGCGGGCGCCCACGUGCGUGCGGACGCCGCCGCUUCCUGAUCUCCGCUCCGCGGCACGGGCGGCUAUGGGCAAGCGCGGGAGCCGCGGCCGCAGCCUGUUGCUCGGCACCCUGACCAAGAAGCAGAAGAAGCACCUCCGCGACUUCGGCGAGGAGCACCCCUUCUACGACAGGGUUUCCAGAAAGGAUGCAAAACCACAGAUUUGUCAACUGUCAGAGAGUUCAGAUACUUCACAUUCUGACAGUGAAUCAGAGAGUGAACAAGAGCAUGUUUCAGGGUACAACAAACUACUUGCUUCAUUGAAGAAUGUUUCUGAGGAAGAAGAGGAUGAAGAGGAGGAGGAAGAGGAAGAAGGCAGUGUUGUAGAUGAUGCAGAAGUGAGCGACGGAGGUGGUGGUGAGGAUGCCAGCGUGGAAGGAGAAACAGCCGCAGAGCCAGCUGAGACGCAGGGGGGUGGGGCCUUAGCUGCUGACUUGGAGGGGAAGGACUGGGAAGAGCCUCCUGGCUCCUCUCAGAAAUCCGCAGAGGAGUUCACAGAUGACAAGCACGAGUCACUGUUCAGCCUGGAAACCAAUUUUCUGGAAGAGGAAUGUAGAGACAGCUGUUCCUGGAAAGCGUCCCAGGAUCCAUUUCAACAACAUGUCAACAAGGAACUGAAAGAAAAGGAAAUUGAAGCUGCUGCCACACGCCCUCCAACUACCCACCAACUAAAAUGGCCCAUCUUAGGCCAGAUUGUCUUUUCAUCCAAGUUUCAGAAGAUGGAAACAUUUAAGCCUCCAAAGGAUGUUGACCUAAAGUCACUUCAUCUUCAGAAACUUCUGCAGUCCACCUGGACCAAGACCAACAGCCAGUUCCUGCCUGGUCCUCAGAAACCAAAUAGCCCCUUCACCCUACUCCAGAAGGAGCUGUUCUUAAUUAUGAAUUCUUACCGGGACCUGUUCUACCCAGAAAGGACUGCCUUGAAGAACGGAGAAGAGAUCCGCCAUGUGUACUGCCUGCAUGUCAUAAACCAUGUCCUCAAAGCUAACGCCCAGGUGCUGGCCAACAACAGCAGGCGCCGGAGCCAGAAACUCGGGGUGGGUGAAGAUGAUGACCUCAGGGACCAGGGGCUGACCAGGCCUAAGGUGUUGAUCGUGGUACCCUUCCGGGAAGCUGCCCUGCGCGUGGUCCAGGUCUUCAUCAGCCUCCUGGAGGGUGACAGCCAGAAGAAAAUCAUUGUAAGCAACAAGAAGCGGUUUCAGGGAGAAUAUGGAUCUGAUCCUGAGGAGAGACCCCCCAACCUGAAGAGGCCUGAAGAUUAUGAAGCCAUGUUUGUGGGCAACAUCGACGACCACUUCAGAAUUGGCGUGGCGAUACUUCAGAGGAGCAUCCGUCUCUACGCCCCGUUUUACUCCUCUGACAUCCUCAUUGCCUCCCCCCUGGGCCUGAGGACCAUUAUUGGUGGCGAAGGAGAGAAGAAGAGAGACUUUGACUUUCUGUCGUCCAUUGAGCUUCUCGUCAUUGACCAAGCUGACGUCUAUCUGAUGCAGAACUGGGAGCAUGUCCUGCAUUUGAUGAACCACAUGAACCUGCUUCCCUUGGAUUCACACGGGGUGGACUUCUCUCGUGUGCGCAUGUGGAGCCUCAAUAAUUGGUCCAAGUACUACCGCCAGACCCUGCUGUUUGGUGCCCUGCAGGAUGCUCAGAUCAACUCUCUGUUCAACAAGUACUGCAUCAACACUCAAGGCCAGGUGGCAGUAAGGAACGUCCCAAUGACGGGCUCCAUCAGUCACGUGCUGGUGCAGCUCCCACAUGUCUUCCAGAGAAUGGAAACCCAAGACCUGGCCUCAGUGAUCGAUGCCAGGUUUAAUUUCUUCACCAACAAGAUUCUGCCCCAGUACCGGGAUGCUGUCAUGUCCCACACGCUCAUCUAUGUCCCCUCUUACUUUGACUUUGUUCGUCUCCGAAAUUACUUCAAGAAGGAAGAGCUGAACUUCACACACAUCUGCGAGUAUACCAGCAAGUCUGGGGUCUCCAGGGCACGACACUUCUUCCUUCAAGGAGAGAAGCAGUUUCUGCUCCUCACGGAGCGUUUCCAUUUCUACAAAAGGUAUACGAUCAAAGGCAUCAGGAACCUGGUGUUCUAUGAACUGCCCACGUAUCCUCACUUCUACAGCGAAGUCUGUAACAUGCUGAGGGCCUCCCACAGAGGCGAGGAGGCCACAUGGACCUGCACAGUGCUCUACUCCAAGUACGAUGCCCAGAGGCUAGCUGCCGUGGUGGGUGUGGAGCGGGCCGCGCAGAUGCUGCAGUCUCCCAAGAGUGUCCAUCUCUUCAUCACCGGAGAGAAAUGAGUGGGAUGGGGCAGGCGGCGUCGACGCCAUCCCACUUGUCCCGUUCCUGAUCUUCCCCAGGAGUGGGACUCAGCAGGGAACGUGCUCCAGACCGCCGUGUCCCUGGACGUUCAGUUCAGCAGCCUAAGGGGAAUUGCCCGGACUGAGAAAUGCGCACGGGGGCCCUGUGCUCGUCGGCCUUUUCUAAGCUGUUUCUCUAAUACGAUUUUCAUUUUACACUGGGCAGGUCCUCAGAUUCACCUGUUGGACAUUUUCUUGAAACUUCGUAUCAUGCUUAUGAAGCUAAGCUGCUCACGAGAAGGUGCUUGCUGCUUUGUGGUCUUCGGACGCACAGAUUCCAUAGAACUUUUCCCAGCCAAAUGCUUUUAAGUCUUACAGUCUAAGUCAGCCUAGAAAACGUUCAUUCUCCAUUCCUAAUGGUGUUUUAAUUUAAUUAAAAUACCCGUUUAAGCUUGGGGUGGUGGAGCACUCAGAGGCAGAGGCAGGUGGAUCUCUCUGAGUUCGAGGCCAGCCUGGUCUCCAUGGUGAGUUCCAGGCCAGCUGGGGCUACAGGGAGACCCUGUCUCAAAAAGUCCAAAAAAAUAAUAAAAAUUAAAAAGUAAAAUACCCGCCUAAAACUACCCUGCAGCCAAGGUCAGCACCCAGUCCUUAUCGUGGCUGUGGCUGUUUGUUGAGGUGUCAGGUAACAGGCGAAAGUGAGAGGACAUCGUACUUGUGAUGCUUCUGAAGCAUCACGUGGACAGGGACAAGUCUGUGAGCUGAGUUGUCUGCAAAUGGCUGCCAGCCUGUGAACUCCGGCCCCUUGACCUUGAUACUCUCGGAGGUCACUGGCAGGCACUCUGCAGGGUGUUUUCUUAGCCUAGAUUAAAUGGCAACUUUGGCAGGGACAUUUCUAAACGAUGCUGCAUCUUCCCAAGUCCGUUGAGGUGGCUGGCUUUGAUUUGUCCCAUCACCGUCGACCCUCGCCAACCAGUUGUUUAAGAUGGUAUUUGGUAGAUCUCCACUCUAAGACCUGUCAUGUAGCUGAGGCUGGCUCUGAACUCUCAAUCCCCCCACCUCUCAAAUGUGAGGAUUAUAGAUGUGCACUACCACAAUCUGCAGCCCAGCUGUCCUACAGGAAUGCUGCCAUGAAAGCUUACCUGCAUGCUGUGUGUGCAGACAGUGGUACCACAGCCUGGCUGGCCUGGCCUCUGUUGUCCGAGCUGAGUGUUUGCUGUGUGAGCAUAGGCCAGCACAUUGACGGUUACUUCUUGUCCACAUACUAGAAACUAUGUAGCCUAGCACUUCCUGUUGCAGUGACACCGCACAUUUCUUUCUGAUCUCCCAUGAUGCACCCUAUACUCAGUCGGUGAUUCUUGUCCUCAGAGUGACAAGGAUUAUUGGUACAUACCACACUUAAAAUUGCUUAUCAGAAAGUGAUGAGAUGACUUAGGUAAAGCACUUGCCACAAGACCUAAGGGUCUGUGUUUGAUCCUCCAAAUCCCCAUGGUGAAGGAGAGCAUCAACUCCCUCUAGUAAGCAAAAGGCCUGUGGUUACUGUGUGUGCCAUCUAGACGACCCAUCCUCUGAACUGCAGCUUACUGAAUGGCUUUCCAUCAUUACAGGACUGCCUAGCCACCUCUGGCUCUACCAUGAGCCUGGAUCCCCCCUCCCUCUCCUCCUCAUUCACCUCUUCCCCUCCCUCUCCCCUAGGACAAGGUUAGUGAGACAGCCCAGACUGGCCUUAAACUCCUUGUGAAGUUAAGGAUGACCUUAAACUCUGAUCCCCUACCUCCCAAGUAGUGCUGUGAUUGCAGACGUCCUAAGAUGCUUCCUCAUGAGCCUGGACGUCAGGUCCAUGGUGUGGCCCCAGAAAUGCAUUUUAUCAAGCAGGCCUCGUGGCUUUCACAGUUGGCUUGGGGCCAAACCUGCCAGCUACUGCUUGCCAGCAGAGCCCUGAGGAUUUCAAAUCCAAACAAGGGGCUUGCUCUGUUCCAGGUUCAGGUCCAUCAGCCCUGCGCCAGCCAGCAUGGCUUACAAAGAGCUGGUGUAAUUAAAGGGACCGUAAGGAAGGCAUGUCCCACAUGAACGGAGACUGGCAGUGCCUGGCCUAGUGCUCACCAUCUGUCUUUGCUCCUUUGUUGGUGUGUUUGAGACAGGCUGCCCUCAUCUAGCCCCAGAUGUCCUUAAACGUGUGUCCUACUGUCUCAGCCCCAUGAUGCUGCGAUUAGAGGUUAUCUCUCCUCCCCAAGAGUCUCUGGAUAAUUCUUAGCCAGACCCGUUUGCCCCCCAGUGUCUGGAGUGAUGCCAGUCCCAGGAAGACAGGAACUUAUCCAGAAAG